AUGAUAACCAACAACUCCAAGAAAACUCCUGUACAGCUUGAUUCACCACGUCGAGUAGAACCUCGGCAUGUUGAAGUCAUUCCAGACAGCGAAGAGGAGCGUCGGGAACGUGCUUCCUCGACAAAGAAACACGGUGAAGUAAUUGAAAUAUCCUCUGAUUCUGACGAAAGUGAUGAGGACUAUCGUGGAAUGAAUGGAAUCUCAAGCAUGGGAGGCACUGUCCAGACACCCAGGAGGCCACUUUAUUCAAUCCGUCGAAUAAUCGAGAGUUCUGGCGAAGAGGAUAGCUCUGAAGUUGACGUUAUUGAGCUCACAGAUGAUUCAGAUGAGGAAGUUGUUGUUCAGCUCCACCUUCCCGACCCUGGGUCUAAUGCCACAGUUCCACAAGAGCGGUCACAAACUCCUCCACAUCCAUAUAUGCCGAGAGUCAAUGACGGUGUCAUCGUGUUUGAUGAACCGAGAAAUGCGAAGACACCACUGCGAACCUCCAUAAAGAAGAAACAGGCUUUCGUGAAUACUCCCACCAAAGGCACUAAAGUACCUUUGAAUGGCGAUGAAGACGGACCCAACAUUCCGAACAAAAAUGUAGCCACCCGCAUUACUGGACCUCCAGCUUCAGGAGCAAGAUUGACUCCUGCCACCCAACGUCAAGCUGCAAAUGUCACUCCUCGAACCCCCCGUACUACUACCAAGAAGGCCCAGAAGCUUGCAGAGCAACAGCGACUCCGUGACUAUGCUCAACAUCUCUUCACUGAACUCAACGAAACUGUCUUUGAUCAAGGACUGCCCGGCGAUACGAAACUCAAUUGGAGUAAGAGAUUGUUGACAACUGCUGGAAGAGCCAGGUUUCAUCGGUCGAAAGAAGGGGUGCAGAGCACGGAAAUAGAGCUGGCGGAGAAGAUUCUUGACUGUGACGAACGGAUCAGGAACACACUAUCGCAUGAAAUGUGCCAUUUGGCCACAUGGGUUAUCGAUGAUAACUUCAAAGAGCACCAUGGCAAGGUAUUCAAGAAAUGGGCGGGCAUGGUCAUGAAAGAACACCCUCAUAUCCAUGUCUCGAUCAAACACGACUAUGAGAUUUCGUAUCCCUUCGAAUGGAAAUGCGAGAAGUGCGCCAAGGUUUAUGGUCGCUUCACGAAGUCCAUCCGUCCAGAUGAAUGCGUCUGCGGCGCUUGUAAAGAAGGGAGGCUAAUCCCGCAAUUCACGACCAGGAGCGUGAAAAACACUCCAAAAGUGAGUCGGUUGGCAGCGGCGAAACCACAGGAUUCACCCCGUGCUGUACAAGACAAGGAACGUGCCGGAGCGGCAGCAGACUCGGAUUCAGAGGAUUUGGUGAUCGAAAUUCUGACGAAGACUUUGGCUUCUACAUCUCUCGUUUUAUAA